UAAGUAGGCAUUCCCAUUUAAAAAGGUACAUGUAAAAAUUAUUUUCAUUUUCUUUGCAUUGGAAAUAUAGAGGUUAUAACCAUUUCUCUAUAUAUAUGCUUGUAUAACUGAAUCAGUCCAGUUAUUUAGUUGUCAGGCCUAUUAAAUCUUUGUGCCAUAUUGUUUUCUUUUGGAGGUUUUGUUCUAUUAAUAAUCAUCCAUGUUCCAUUCUGGUUUUAUGUGUGUUUUUGUGGUAUAUUUGCUAUAGAUUAUAGUAAUUGACGCUGCAGGAAAAAUGUAAAAUUCACGGUUUUAUUAGUGAGGCUUGAUUAAUAUGUACCCAUUCUAUCUUAUUCAGUUUAGAGGGACAGGAAUUGUGCAAAUGUCAUUGGCCUGUUUAUGCCUGGAAUUUCCAAAUGGCCCAGAGUAACUAUCCUCUGGAUUAAGAAUUGCUUUUUACUUAUAUCUGUUGUUAUUAACCAUUUUGAAUACAUCAUUUUCAUUUGAUCCACAUACCAUUUUAUUCAUAAUUUUCAUAUUGGUUUAGUCUUUUCUCCCAUUUGAACAUGUUUGAUUCACUCAUCACAGAUAAGAUAACAUUAAUUUUAAGUGUCCUAUCUGUGCCAGUGUCUCCAGCAUAAUCUCAAUCUUUUGAGGCUUCCUGGCAAAGAUUUUGUAAAUCUUUCUCAUUUCCGCUAUUCAUGGUAUAUGAAACUCAUACAUAGUUUUCUCCAUUCAUGAGUGAGUCUUCUUAACAGCAUUCUUAAGUUAUUAAAACAAUUUCAGUGAUUUUUUAUGUUUAUAGUAUCACCACAAGUUAAACACUGAAAACAAAGAAAGUACAUUUCACAUCAUGUGCAGAUAUUAAGUCAUUCAGCUCUCAUGUAAGAUCCACUGUUGUGUUCAAGUACAUCUGCUGUGUGAGGCUAUGGUGUUGGCAGUGAUUGGCAUUGGUCCACGUGAGAGUGCAUCAGUGUGCUGUUUAAUUGAUUGAACAUGUGAAAUGGUCUACCAUGUUCCAAAUUACAUAAAAAAUUCGAAUUUCUAACACACGCCUGCAACAAUAUUGGCUGAGCAUGCCGCGAACCACUUGGUCCUGACCCCAACCGCUGCAACACUUCAUCACCACAUCCGCUGUGCCGUUGUCACAUGACCGAGCCGCGCUACGAGACAUGCGCAGUGAUAACGAGCAAAUUGAACUGGGUAACUUCAAGGCGAAUUACUUCGACGCGGACACAACAGAUGAAGAUGUGGAAACAAAUUCUGUGGUCACAGAAGUUAUAGACGAGACUACCACAGAACAUCGUAUCAUCUUUGUGAAUCACCUACAGCCUACCCGGUACUGCAAUAACCACAUCUCCACUGCCAAAUACAGCGCCCUGUCUUUUGUGCCAAGCUUCCUCUUUGAGCAGUUUCGGAGAUAUUCAAACUGUUUCUUUCUUUUCAUAGCACUGUUGCAGCAAAUUCCAGAUGUCUCCCCAACUGGUCGGUACACAACUCUGGUUCCUCUCAUAUUCAUUCUCAGUGUAUCAGCUAUCAAGGAGGUUGUUGAAGACAUAAAACGGCAUCGAGCAGAUGAUGAAAUCAACCACCGUAAAGUUGAAGUGUUACGAGAUGGUCAUUGGCUGUGGGUGCAGUGGCUAAAUGUGGCAGUUGGAGAUAUUGUUAAGGUCCACAACAACACUUUCUUUCCAGCAGAUUUAGCCAUCCUGUCCUCUAGUGAGCCUCAAGCAAUUUGUUAUAUUGAAACAUCAAAUCUAGAUGGAGAAACAAACCUGAAAAUUCGUCAGGCGAUACCUGAAACAGCAAGAUUGCUUGAAAUUAAAGACCUCACCCAAUUCACUGGUACUCUAGAGUGUGAACUACCCAACAGACAUCUUUAUGAGUUCAGUGGCAUCUUGAAGGAAACAAAUAAACAGACACUCCCACUAGGCCCAGAUCAACUUCUUUUGCGUGGGGCCAUGCUUCGAAACACCAGUUGGGUGUUUGGUAUUGUUAUUUAUACUGGCCAUGAGACAAAGUUGAUGAAGAACUCAACAUCAGCUCCAUUGAAACGAUCGACAGUAGACAAGAUGACCAAUAGACAGAUACUUCUCCUUUUCAUCAUUCUCAUUGUUCUUUGCCUCCUAUCAGCAGUUUUUAGUGAACUGUGGAGUACGAGUCACCCCAAUGAUUGGUACAUUGGAAUAAAUGACCUAAUAAAUGCAAACUUUGGAUACAAUCUGCUGACAUUUAUCAUAUUAUAUAACAAUCUGAUUCCCAUCUCACUGCAAGUGUCGUUGGAAGUUGUGCGAUUUGUUCAGGCUAUAUUUAUAAAUAUGGAUACUGAUAUGUAUCAUGAAGAAAGUGACACUCCAGCAAUGGCAAGAACUUCCAACUUGAAUGAAGAAUUAGGACAGGUGAAAUAUAUAUUUUCAGAUAAGACUGGAACAUUGACAAGGAAUGUGAUGGACUUUAAAAAAUGUUCAAUAGCUGAUAAUAUUUAUACCUUAGAGGAGACACCAUAUGAGACUCAAUUAGUUAAGAAUCUCCAGUCAGGUCACCCCACAGCACCGUAUAUCAGAGAGUUCCUCAUCCUUAUGUCUGUGUGUCACACAGUGAUUCCAGAAAAGGCAUAUGAUAAUGAGAUCCAUUACCAUGCUGCUUCUCCAGAUGAACAAGCAUUAGUCAAAGGUGCCUGCCAAUUUGGUUAUGUUUUUGACACACGGACACCUAAUCAUGUUGAGAUUGAUGCACUUGGGACCCGUGAGCGCUAUGAGAUAUUAAACGUUCUUGAAUUUACAAGCACUCGCAAGAGAAUGUCGGUCAUUGUUCGUAAUCCUGACGGCCAGAUAAAGCUCUACUGUAAAGGAGCUGAUACAGUGAUAUAUGAGAGACUUGCUCCAGAUGGACAACUGUUCAGAGAAGAGACAUUGAGGCACUUGGAAAACUUUGCAACCGAAGGCCUUCGAACACUUUGCUGUGCAGUUUCAGAUGUAUCUGAUGAUGCUUAUGAGGAAUGGAAAGAUACAUAUUACAAAGCUAGUACAUCUUUACAGUACCGAGAAAGGAAGCUGGAGGAUGCUGCAAAUCUUAUAGAAAAUAACUUGAUUCUGUUGGGAGCAACUGCCAUUGAAGACAAACUUCAGGAUCAGGUUCCAGAGACAAUAGCCGCAUUAAUCAAGGCUGAUAUCCAUGUGUGGGUUCUGACAGGUGACAAGCAAGAGACUGCAAUUAAUAUUGGCUACUCUUGCAAGUUGAUAGUCCAUGGGAUGCCGUUACUUAUCAUCAAUGAAGACAGUCUCGAUAACACACGUGAGGUGAUUGCAAGGCACAGUUCAGAAUUUGGCGACCAGUUGCGGAAACAAAAUGAAGUGGCUCUGGUGAUAGAUGGAAAAACACUUAAAUAUGCACUAAGUUGUGAUGUGCGCAGAGACUUUCUAGACCUCUGUGUUAGCUGCAAUGUAGUGAUCUGUUGUCGUGUGUCUCCCAUUCAGAAAGCAGAGGUAGUCGAGCUUGUAACGUCACAUACCAAGAGUGUUACGCUUGCAAUUGGUGAUGGAGCCAACGAUGUAGCAAUGAUCCAAAGGGCUCAUGUUGGAAUAGGUAUCUCAGGUGUAGAAGGCCUCCAAGCAGCUUGUGCAUCAGACUAUUCUAUAGCACAGUUAUUUACUGCAGCACCCCCUCUGGCUAUGGGUUUGUUUGACAAGGUUUGCUCUGCUGAAACAAUGCUGAAAUACCCAGCCCUGUACAAGCCAUCACAGAAUGCAGACCUUUUCAAUGUGAAGGUGUUCUGGGUAUGGAUCCUUAAUGCGUUGGGUCAUUCAAUUCUCUUGUACUGGCUACCUCUUCUAGCAGCAGAGAAGGAUGUAAUAUGGAGUAAUGGCAGGGAAGGAGGCUAUCUUCUACUUGGAGACAUUGUUUACUCUUAUGUGGUGGUGACUGUGUGCCUGAAAGCAGGCCUGGUAACUAAUGCAUGGACGUGGCUUACACAUCUUGCUAUCUGGGGCUCCAUAGCCACGUGGUUUAUCGUCCUAGUCAUGUACAGCAAUUUUUGGCCAUCAUUGCCAGUGGGAGCAGUGAUGUUGGGGAUGGAUCGCAUGAUGUAUACGUCUCCUGUCUUCUGGCUUGGUCUCUUCCUUAUUCCAUUUGCUUCUUUAAUAGCAGAUAUAACAUAUAAAGUAGUACAUGCAACAGCAUUUAAGUCUGUAACAGAGAUGGUACGGGAAAGUGAAAUACGGAAAGCCGAUCCAGGAAAGGUCAUCAUGAAAGAAACUAAACACUCUCCAGCAAACUCAGUCAUCAAUUUCCUGCACCUGGGCAGUAGAAUCCAUCCAGAGAUUAACACAGUGUUCAGAUUGACGGAAACUGCACGACUUCUGAAAAAUGUGCGCAAUGUGUUUACAUUCACCAGACGCUCUGCCACACGGGUAAAUAUGGAGGUGGAACUCUCUCAUGGAUUUGCAUUCUCACAAGAGGAAGGAGGAGCAGUGACGCAGUCAGAGGUUAUUCGUGCAUACAACACAAACCUCCCCAAACCUGGAGGCAUGUGAAAUAUGAACAGGAAUGGAGGUGUACUGCAUGAGCAUAGGUCUGACAUUCAUUUAGUUAGCUUCCUAUUGUCUUUUUAGUUUUCCAGAAGUGCCUAUGUCACAUACAGCCACCCACAUGCUUGCCUUGAGCAGGGAAGGGUUGCAUUCAAAAUACAGCUCUAAACCUCAGGCCACACUUUGCACUUUACAUGUUUCUCUUUUCUUUAAUCCUUUCAUUGUGCCAGUAUACUUUAUAAAAUGGUGAGAAAGUAAUUUCAUUAUAAUGAUUUUGUUUAAAAAAUUGUGUAUAAGUUAUGUAAUGUUCUGUUGUUGAUUUGGAGGAAAUACAGUAAUCUGACUUUAAGUUGUAUUUAAAUAAUGUUUUACUGCGAUCACAUAUUUAAUUUUAUUACUUGUGCCCUGUUUGUAUUACAGGAUUUUAAAAACAUGGGAAUAAUUGCUAGAAUUGAUGAUCAUUUCUGAGUCAUCCACAGUGGCAUCUUAAGAAUAUUACAGUGAGCGUGAUAGUAGGAUUGAUACUUGUUUAGAUCUGCUUCUAGGAGUGAAGAUAAUAAAAAUGUAAAUUUAUUUUCAGUAUUAGUUCUAAACUAAGACUGUUGAGAUAGAUGUGGAUAAAUAAUGUCAAAAAUAUUUACAUAUAUAUUAUUUUUAUUAUGGGUACAUUACUGUUCAGUGCAGUGUGCAGUGCUGAGGAUUGAAAUAUUAUUGAUGUAUAUUAGUAUUAUGUUGAUGUGAAUUUUUAUAGUAAGCAGCCAUGAGAUUAUCUUGCACAUUAUGUGUGUAUAAUAUUCAGCAUAUGAAGUGGUCUUAACAAAGUACUGAAACUUGAAUUUGUAUAUGUAAAAGUGUUCAAGCUUGUGUGAAACAAUUUACACUUAGGUGUGUAUGAUUAAUUUUAUCUUCACUAUUAAUAAGGAUAUGAGGACUAUUUUCAGAUCCUACCAGAAGCAGUGUGUACUUUCCCAGAGAGCAGUAAACACUUAUUUGGUAUAUUUAGAGAAAGCUAGAUAAUGCAGAGACAUAUUUCCUCACACUUUGAACUUCUUCGGUGAAUUUGUGGCAUCUGUGUAUCUUGUAAUUUGACUUCCUUUAUUUAUCAUGUUUUAAUUUGGUGUUCCAUUAAUCAUUUAACUGAACUUUUCAUCAUAUCGAUUUUAUGAUUAUGACAAAUGGUGUACACAGUUUCAGCAAUACUGGAAAGGAGUACUCUUUGGAGUACACUAACAUUUCAAAUGUUAUUCACACUAAAUCCUGUAGGUCAUUCUUUCAAAAAUGUCUUGCGGGUUAUUUACUUCCAGGUAUACUCACUCCCCCAUCCAACUUAAGCAGGUUGAUUGCCUCCAUACGAACAGUAAAUCUUGGCCAAGCUGGUUUAGUAACUCUAUAGGAACAGUGACCCCCAGUCAUGCAGGUUCAGUUCCCCUGUGAAAAACAUGACAUAUGGACGGGACCAUAAAGUAUUCAUGUUUCAUGUUAGAUAGUAAAGAACACCUAAAAAUGUACUUUUCUUCAAGGAAAUGCUCUUCUCUUUGAUACUUCCAUACAUAACAAGUGAUGGUCUGCUACAUCAACUUAUGCACAUAUUCUUUAUUAUUGUAAUUUGUGACAAGAAGUAUUAUGUGUACUAACUGCCAAAAAUAAAUAUAUUUCUUAUGAAACCAUGUAAGAAAAAAUCUGUCAGUUAUAUCAAACAAUCUAACCUUUCUCUUAUUAUUUUUAGGUUAUUUAAUGAUUUUCAUUGACUGAUUCAUGAGAUGAUAACCAUAAGGUGUAUUAAUGGAUGUGAAAGGAAGGAAUUAUAGCUUAAAGUACCAUCUCACAGCAGUGAUUUUUAGACUGAUUUCUGUGCAGCUGUGGGAUUAUACUGACAGUGAUCCAUCACUUUUCAUAAUUCGUUAACCUAUUAAAUCACAGUUGCAACUAUGUGCCUCAUGCUUUAAUAUUCAGUAACUCUUCACUUUACCCAUAGAGUGUAUUUAUGUGUUCUUUAUAAUUAUCAGAAUAAAUGGCAAUCAUUUUUCUAAACAGCAUUACCCAAGUGAUAUCUGUAAUGGAGUUAUUUUCCUUGAAGUGGGAACUGAAAUUUUAAAUAUUAUUUUGAUGAACAUUGGCAAUCAACUAGUUAAAUGUAGAGGCUCUCUUCCAUUUCUUUGAGAUAGUGCAAUGAAUAGUUUUUCACCUUCUGAAGAUGAAUACAGCUGCUUAUUAUCUGAUGUUUUGUGAAGUAAAGAGGAAAUUCUAAAGUGUAAUGCCUGACUUAGAACAAUCAUUCUAUUAUAGUAGUAGGAGCAGAUAUCAAAUUUAUUAUCUAACUGUAACUUUCUCAGGUGUCUUCAUUUAGAAUUGUUUUUGGUAAAACACGUGUUGAUAUUCAUCUCUGCCCAAAGAAAGGAACUUUAAUGACAAUCAAGUUUUCUUGAAACUGAAACCAAAAGCAGUUAUUCUAGCCCUCCAAUGAGAUUAUGAUCUAGUAGCUGUCACACAUUUCAAUAUUAUAAUCAGUAAGCACUGUAUCUAUAAUACGUCAGAAAGAUGAAAGUACCAUGUUCCUUACUUUAUUUUUAAGUUUACAAGAAAUAUAGCUGCCCAGAUUCACAGAGAAGUGUAAUAAAAUGUUAAUAAAACAAAAUGCUGCUACUAACUAAACUUGGCAUACAUGUGAAAAUCAGUUAUCCAUUAUGUAAAAACAAAGAUAUCUUUUUUUAAGAAGGUUUGAUGAACAAAGUAACUGAAAAUUCUAUACAAUUAAAGCUUCAAAAAUAAUAAUGAUAAUGAUUCAAACUGUGAAAUUUGUUAUGAGAGAUGUGUUAAGGUACUAUUCUGAAAAUUUCCUUCUUGGAUAUAAUGAUCAGGUGGAUGUGAAGUGUUACAAGUUAAUCUUUAUACGUAUCCAUUUUAGCAGAAUAUGCCAAUAUCCAAGAAAUGUGAAGUUAGUUUCAUUAGAUAAUAUUCCAGUUACAUUCAUAACAUUGUUACAUGAAAUAUUUUUAAAAUGUUUUAUUACCAUCAGUUGUUAUAUUUCAAAAACCGUGUUUCAAUGUCUGGAUUUUGUGUUCAUUUACAUUCAGUUUUUGCAUAUGAAACCAAAUGUUACUUGUAUUUAGACUGCCAUAUGCUUUAUUUAUGUAAAUGAAAGCCAUAAUCUCCUGUCCUUAUGCUCACUUUCUUUGAAUCA